CUUAAUCACCUUGUACAUAUCUAGAAUCAUGCCCAUAUAUUCAUCCGACUCCGAUGAACCCCCAGCGCCUUCGCAGAAGCCUUUAGGCCGUCGAAGGCCUCUACACGACAUCCUCGGCGGCGGAAAAGUCGCUGACAUACUAUUGUGGAAGAACAAGAACCUGUCGCUAGCAAUGUUGAUCGGGGCCACAGCUGUUUGGUUUCUCUUCGAGGUCGUGGAGUACCAAUUCGUAACCCUCCUGUGUCACCUCAUCUUGGCAUUCAUGACCCUUAUAUUCAUGUGGUCUAACUUGGCCGAUUUAAUCCAGAGGGACCCUCCCGAUAUCUAUAGAUUUCGGCUGUCGGAGGCUGCGUGUCGAUCCCUUUUUCGAAAGAUCGAUAGAUUAUUCUCGAGAGUUUAUGAUGUUUCAAGUGGUAAUGAUUGGAAGAUGUUUUUCGGGGCAAUCGCAUUCCUAUGGAUGCUGUCGGUCCUUGGCAACUACGUAAGCUCGUUGAAUUUGUUAUAUUUUGGUUUUGUUUGCAUGGAGACACUACCUGCUUUAUACGAGAGAUUCGAGAACGAAGUGGAUUAUCUUGCUGACAAAAGCAGCAAAGACGUGAAGAAACUGUUCAGGAAAUUUGAUUCCAAAGUCCUCAACAAAAUUCCUAGGGGACCUCUGAAAGAAAAGAGAUUCACAUAGAAAAUGGCCCCGGAAAAUCCGCUUCGACGGGAAAAUUACCUUUCGGAAUCCCGUCUGGAAAGAUAUAUGUACAUAUGACUUCAGUCAUGACGACGACGAAUAAAUUGGAUUGGAACUAGGAUUCGAUGUGGAUGUCUUUC